AUGCUGUCCUUGGUUCGUCCUGCUGUUCGUGCAGCAUUGUAUCCUCGUCGGAUGAUGUAUGACCCUCAUUUACUACUACGUCGUGGCUUUGUAUCAGCUGAAACCAAGUGGGGUGUCACUAAUGAGCACAUCACUGCACGAGUCGUUAACAUUGUUGAGGAAGGUGGUCAUGUGCGCACCGACAUCCCCAUUCAUCAGGCUAUUCAGGAUGCACAGAGUCGGGGUGUUGAUCUCGUGCAAAUGUCACCUGUGGGUAAGCUACCGGCUGUUUGCAGACUUUUUGAUGCCAAAAAGCGGUACUACGAGCUCAAAAAGGCGAACAAAAAGACGUCUAAACAGCAGAGACCAAAGCCUGACAAGGAGGUUGUCAUCGGUGCAAAGAUUGCUCCAAACGACUUGAAUAUGAAGGUGGAACAGCUAAAGAGGUUCUUAAAUAAGGGCCACAAGGUAAAGGUCACGAUCAAGUUCAAGCAGGCAUAUCACUUAAAGGAACAGUCACUGGAGCAGUUGAAAAAGAUUGAAAGCCGCAUUGAUGCUGCUACGGGUAUGCCCAGCGGCCAUCCAAGAGAGCAGUUUGGUGCUGUGUAUGUAUUCUACUCACCAGCCAUCUAG